UUUCCCAGGCGCCGCGGAGCUGUCACUGCGGCAAACGCGCGCCCCCUGCCCGCGCCCGCGCCCGCGCGCCUGCUGCAGUCCGCGCACGAGGAACGCACCGAGCGCCGCAGCCCGAGCCGGGGCUGCGGGACAAGACACGCGAGAGUCCCGCAGGCGCCAGCGCCCCACCGCCUCCCGGCUCCCGGCCCCGGCCGCUGCGGCCGCGCUGGGGAGGGAGGGGUGUCCGGUCCUCUCUGGGAGAAGAGGCCCCGAGGCUUGAGGGUUAGUAGGUCAAGAGGCAGCUGCCAUCCGAUGAUACUGAGCUGCUGUUUCCAGGACUGCAAGCAUCAGGGAGCAGCCAGAAGUAGUGACAGAAAGUGAAGUUACCUAAAUGCUUUUCCUUGCUGUCUACUCCAGUGAGAAGACCAACCAUGGUGUCCGGCUGGCAAGGGAAGUGGGUGCCAAGAGAAAGGUAACCAUUUCUCAGCCCUGCGAGGGGAACUGGCUGCCUCUGGGAGCCCACGCUGCCUGGCAGUAGACAUGGCUGAACUUGGAAGUUACAAGGAUGCUGCUUCUAGCCGCCACCUGCGGUUUAAGUUGCAGAGCCUGAGCCGCCGCCUGGAUGAGCUGGAGGAGGCCACGAGAAGCCUGCAGAAGGCGGAGGACGAGCUCCUGGAGCUGCAGGACAAGGUGAUCCAGGCGGAGGGCGGCAACUCCAGCAUGCUGGCCGACAUCGAGGCGCUGCGCCAGCGGGUGCUGAAGAUCGAGGGCAAAGACGAGGAGAUCAAGCGGGCGGAGGAUCUGUGUCAGCUGAUGAAGGAGAAGCUGGAAGAGGAGGAGAAGCUCACCCGCGAGCUGAGAGCCGAGGUCGAGCGGCUCCAGAAGCGAAUGGCGGAGCUGGAGAAGCUGGAGGAGGCCUUCAGCAGGAGUAAGAACGACUGCACGCAGCUCUGCCUGAGCCUGAACGAGGAGCGGAACCUGACCAAGAAGAUCUCCUCGGAGCUGGAGAUGCUGCGGGCUAAGCUGAAGGAGCUGGAGGCGUCGGGGGACCGCCUGGACAAGAGCGAGCAGAGCCUGCUGUCGGAGCUGGAGACGCUGAAGGCGCUAACGCUGAGCUUCGUCAGCGAGCGCAAGUACCUGAACGAGAAGGAGAAGGAGAACGAGAAGCUGAUAAAGGAGCUCACUCAGAAACUGGAGCAGAACAAGGCGAACCGGGAGUACGCGCGGAACGCCUCCCACCUCCUGGAGCGCAGCGACCUGCGGAUCGAGGACGGCGUCCCGGCCACGCUGCCGUCCAAGGAGGCGCGGCGCAAGGGCGCGCUGGACUACCUGAAGCAGGUGGAGAACGAGACGAGAAACAGAGCAGAAAACGAGAAGAACCGGAACCAGGAAGACAACAAAGUCCAGGACCUCAACCAGGAGAUUGAGAGACUCAAGACGCAGAUCAAACACUUUGAGUCUCUGGAAGAAGAGCUGAAGAAGAUGAGAGCCAGAAACAACGACCUUCAGGACAACUACCUGAGCGAGCAGAACAAGAACAAGCUCCUAGCCAGCCAGCUGGAGGAGAUCAAGCUGCAGAUCCAGAAGCAGAAGGAGCUGCAGAACGGGGAGGUGGAGGGGGAGGACGCCUUCCUGCCCGGCAAGGGCAGGCCCGAGCGGACUCAGCCUAGAGGCCAGGGGGGCGAGGCGGCCGUGCUGCGGCCCCCGGCCCGGGACCCGUCUCCCCAGCAUAAGCGAGAGAGGCUCCGCAACAAGGAGUUUGCGCUCCACAACGAGAACUCGGCUCUGAACAACAGGCAGGCGUCCUCGCCCGCUGUCGCCCACAGGAGGGCAGCCAAAGCUUCCCACGCGGGGGCCGGGCCAGACGGGGGCGCCCAGGAGGCGAGGAGGACUGAAGACCGAGCGGCGCCGGGCUGCUCCCCGAGUGAGGGCAAGAAGUCCCGGGAGCAGCCGUCGGUCCUCAGCCGCUACCCGCCGGCUGCUCAGGAGCACGGCAGGGCCUGGAAGGGAACUCCCAGGCCGGGCGCCGAGAGCGGGCUGAAGGGAAGAGUAGAGAAGGCGACACGAACGUUCAGCGAUCACGUCCAUGGGUCUGUCCCCAACGACACGGGGGGCAGAGCGGACAAGGCUGCCGACCCGUCCUCCGAGGCUGGCUUUGGGAAGAGGGGAAGGGUGCCCGGCAGCGGGGGUCAGGGAGCGCAGGCCGCGGACUCCGGCCCUGCCAAGGCCGCGGGAGCGCUGGCCUCGUCGCGGAGGCCCUUGGAGGGGCCCGCCAAGGGGAAAAAGGCUGCCAAUGGCCUGGAGGCCGACGUCAGUGCCCCGCAUGCCAAGGCCCCCGUCUUAGCCAAGUAUCCUUACAGCUCCAGAAGCCAGGAGAGCAUCCUGCCGGGCUUUUCAGCGCCGACUAAAGAGGGGGCCGAGGCCCCCGUGGCCGUGGUGAUGGGCGACGGCAGCCAGCACGAGGCCCUGCGGUGCCGCGUCGUGAAGCUCGGCGGAGAGAAGGCCGGCUCGGACGACGACCUGGACUCCGUGUCUCUCGUCACCGCCAAGCUGGUGAACACGACCGUCACCCCAGAGCCAGAGCCGCGCGCGCAGCCCAGCUCGAGAGAAAAGGCCAAAGCCCGAGGGGGACCUAGGACCUCCCUGUUUGAGAACGAGAAGGACGUGGGGACUGAAAACGAAUCCGGGAAGCCGGUCCGAGCCUCCGCCAACGCCACGGACGCUGCGAACGCCAACGGCGCCGAGGUGAAGAGCCAGAGGCCCUUCAGCCCCAGGGAGGCCCUGCGCUCCAGGGCCGUCAUCAAACCCGUCAUCGUCGAUAAGGACGUGAAGAAGGUCAUGGGAGGGGCGGGAGCCGAGGCCGCGGCGGAGAAGCAGAGACCCGCCUCCAGGCCGGGGCCCAGCAAAGUGAGCAGCAGCAUAACCAUCUACCCCUCGGACAGCGGCAGCCCCAGGGCCUCCCUGGCGGAGGCCCCGAGGGAGAGGCACACGGCCACCAGCAACAUCCACGUCGGGCCGCCGGAGCUCACGUCGGCGGGCAACCACGUCAGCUCCCCCUUUGAGCUCUCCCUUCACAAGCACGACCUCACGCUGCAGCUCACGGAAGCGGAGAGAGCAGGCGACGGGUCCCCCAAGAGCCGCUCCGAAACGGUCGUCUCUCGGAGCAGCAUCCUGCUCAGGCCGCUGGACUCCGGGGACAGGAACGGCCAGGCCCCGCCGGCGGAGACCAUCGGCUGGAAGAGCCACAGUGCGCCGUCGGAGGUGGGCGCCGCUGACGCCAGGCACGUCACCGUGCGGAAUGCCUGGAAGAGCAGGCGAGACUUGAAAUCUCUGGAAGACCCCCCAGCGCGAGGAGGGAAACACGUAGACGCUGCCAACGCCUACACCCAGAGGUCCUGCACAGACUUCUCCGAACAGCCCACGUCCUGCCUUUGGGAGCAGGCCACCCGCAGAGGCGGGAGCGCACAGGACGCCCCUGAGCUCUGCUCCAGGAGGACCCAGAGCAGCCUCACGGCGUCCGAGGUGCUCCUCCGGCAGACCCGGCUCGGAGAUGCUGUCGCGGCUGCGGCCUGGAACCACUCGGCGGGCACAGAGGAAGGGGAAGACUCCACACUGAGUGUCCACAGACGGCUGCACAACCAUUCAGCACAGUCCCUGGAUCGGUCUGAGACGCCUUCGACGCAGGCGCUGCCGGAGCCUGGGCGAGGACGGCCCAGCAGGCCCAGUGCUGAGGAAAACUGAGCCAGCUCGGCCAGGCCUGCGUCCCCGCUCCUGCUUCUCCGCGCGUCCGCCUUGCUGCCCUGUGAAGGAUCCCAGGCCGGCUAAGCAGGCUGGACACACGGCCUUGGCUGGAGACUGCUGGAGAGCCAGGCGAUGGCUCAGGUAAUGUUUCUGGUCGGCCAGAGGGGACCAGAGACCGUAAGCCAGCCGCCCACCCAGGCCCAGCCUUUCUGAUGCACGAGUCCUCUCUCCUUGUCCCCAGGUAGCAUGGACCAGUCUGACCCCCCCACGGGGAGCCACAGAAACCUGCGAGGGCAAACCAGCAGUGACAGCUCCUCUCUGCUCCUGGGGGGGUUCUGUCUGUCACAGAGCAGCCCCUCCUCUGUGCCUCUGCUCUCCACCUUCACUUCACUCCGUGUCUGCCCAAAGGGCCCAGGUACCUAAGACCCCGCAGCCGUCGGCUCCACGCCUUCUCCUCUUGGAGUUCUGCCCCCUGACUCUAGCAGCAGGGGUCUGUGCGACCCAUUAGUGUGCAGCUUCUCUGGCCUGGCCCCUGGCUCACCACUGCUUCCUGGGGGCAGAGCAUGCAUUGGAAUGACGUCACCCCUGUCCCCCCAGCUCUGCUCACCUUCCAAGAGCACCCACAAGUGCACAGAGCCCCGUGCGUCGCUCCCUGGGCGCCAGUGUUGCUGCUGACGGCCUUCUCGCUCUCCAGCACCUGAGACUCCAGGCUGAUGUCAUCGUUUCCACCCUGGGAAAACCCCGGGACUCCGCUGGGCCUGACCCAGCUCCCGCUGCCCUCUGGGACCCGCCCAGCGAGGGCGGUCGUGCGAGGAAGCAGUGACUUCCACUCCACAAGCAGCAGCUCCCUGAGUUGGCCCUCCUGGUCCUCCUCCUCCCUCCCUCGUGGGGGAGGCGUGCACUUUACCAAGCUGAUGCAUUCCUAGACGGGCGUGACUUCUCAUGGGAGGAGGGCCACACCCAGAGGGCCUCGCGUUUACAGUGUAGAAUGCAGCAAACCUUUCCGGAAGCCACAGAUGGAAAUGGGCCAGUGUCCCUCCACCAGUCCCAAGGGGCCCUGCAAGGCCCGCCUGUGCACCCCACUGCCUCCUCUGCAGCGCUGUCCCAGUUCGCAGGCGGGAUCCCCUCUCAAAAGCAGCCUCAGUGGAAGACACUCCUGCCCCCUGGCACCGCGCACUCCUUCUCUGCUCUGUGACCUGGGGCGGGCGGGCUGUCCUCCCAUCGGCAGGUCCCUGAGGGCCUUGAACCUGGUGUCUACUCUUGCAGAUGCCCACGUGGGCUUGCAGGCUGCCCGUCUCUAGUUUCCCGGGUUUCCAUCUCAUGGGGGUGAGCUCAGAGGAGUCCCUAGGCGUCCUACGGCGGGGAUUAGACUGGGUGCUCGCCACAGCCCUGGUGGCACCAACCUUGCCCAGUGCCCGUCUUUCCUGGCUGGCAGGCCAGGGCGCCUUUCUGACCCGGGUCUGUCUGUGCCGCUCCUGAAACUCCCUGACGAGACGACUCUCGAGUUGUCUUCCCUGCCUGGCCCCAGCCUGGAACCAGCAUCGCCCCCUCUGCGCCAGACUCUCGGGGACUCCUGCUCUCUGGAGUUCCGGCACGCGGCGGGCACGGCUCUGUGGCCUGCCUGCGCACCACGCCCCUGCCUCAGAGGCUGUCUUCAAGCUCUCUUCCUGCUGCUGCCCCCGGGCGCCCCCAGCCCUGACCGAGCUCGGCCCCUUCCCGCGCCACCCCUGCGCUUCUCCUUCACCGCUCGGCAGCCUGAGCGUUCCAGGGACACGGAGCCGUGUGGUCGGUCAGCCGCGGGGAGGGAACGUCUGGCUCGUCUCUGCGGACACCAACAGCAGGGCGCCGGGCCAGGCCUGCCAAGAUCUCGCCGGUAACUCUCGUCUUCGGGGAUCGGAGCCCUGGAUCCUGGUGCUGUAGCUCCUGGUGCCAAAGUCUGGAUCUUUCCACGUGUCCGCAGCUCAGACGCUCUGGGGAAGAGGCACAGCUGCGGGCUGCCAUCUUGAAUCUUGAGUGCAAUAGGGUUUGACUUUAACAGUUAUUUUCAGGAUAUUUUGUUUCUUUAAUCUGCACACUUUCUAGAACCGCUGUAAAAUAGAUUUUAUUUUUAAAUGUCCUCAGAAUUGCAGAAAACAACAGGUAGAGGCUGGAAGCUCAGGUCCUCCAGGCUUCCCGUGGCUGGCAAGGCCGGCUCUGAUUCCAAAGUUGGAAGGCAACUACUGGAGAGCAGCCACGGUGUGACUACUUGGACCCGGGCCUCAGUCAAGGGUCCCUGGAGGAAGCUUCCAGAGGGGAGACCGGGUCGCUGAGUAGUUGUUUGGUCAAGCCAAAUAGCCCACUGCCCUCGCCGACAGCCCCUUCAUGACGAGCCACCUCCGCCGCUAGGCGCUCAGCCCUGCCAGCCGGUGUGCAGUCGCAGGAGGGAUCCUAGCGAGGCCGGGCAGCCGGGCACCGCGCUCUCCGCCUGCUGCUGCCUUUUGCCUGCUGGUAAAGCAGUGGCGGAGGCGUGCGGGGCACUGGGUGAAGUGGCCGUGGCUGGCUUUGCUUCUGAGUGGCAAUCAAACUGGGUAGAAAGGGUGUGCGGCGGGGCCCGGACUCCGGCCUCAGCCGCAGGCCGGCUUGCACACGGGCCGCCCGUCUCAGGGUGUGGGAGGGUGCUGUCUGCAGUGUUCUCAGCCUUUAUAUUUCGUGAAGUCAGUGCCAAGGUCACCACUCCCAGUAAAGGAGGGGCCUCAGCCUGGGCCCCCGCCGCCUUGGUGGCUGUGGGUGGUCACUCUGACGAGACUUCGGCAAGAGCUGCUCUUAGGGGUGAUCUGGAACCCCCGCGGGCAGGCUCUCCGCGAAGCCUCACGAGACCACAGCAAGGGGCCCUAUUCUGCUGCUUCACAGCUCAGAACAUGUAUGAAUGGAAUGUAUUUUUAAGAGAAUAAAGUCUAUUUUUUGUAUUUUAAAAGAUUGAGGAGGGGCUAGGAAAGAGCCCUCUAACUGUUACCGCAUCGUAGGCUCUGCUGAGGUGUCAGUCUUGUCAGCCGCGCCUGCACGCUCGGGCGGUGUUGGGUCUCACCCCUGCCCCUGGGAGUCCAGGUGCGGCAGCUUCUCCAUCUGCUCCAGGCACGGGCCGAGGCGGCCGGAACCCCGAGCAGUGGCGCAGGGCUCCUCGGGGCCUGUGCGGCCGGCGCUGCCUGCAUGUAGCUCUGCGGGCUCCGAGCACGGUGUGUAACCAAUAAAGCUCCCCAGCUGCCA